CAUGGAACACAGCACUUACUACUCGUCUACAUCACCGGAGACCAAGAUGGAACAGAUGCCGGAAACUGACCUCUAUACCACACCUGGAUGGACCGAUGGCAUGUUCAUGUCAGGAGCCGCCCCAUUUUCACCAGUCAUGAGUGAUUCGAACCAGAGUGCCUACACUCUUCCAGCAUCGGAUGUAAGCUUCCCUUCUCUUGAACCGUCGUUUUCGCAGGAAAUGCCUGUACUGGAUGCCUGUCGACCUGAUAGCUGGGUCUUUGAGCAACCCAGCUACAACGUAUUCGCUGAGCCUGCUGUUUACGAUACCGAGAUGUUUGCUUUCCCUGCCCAAGGUAUGGAUGUUCCUCAACCCACUUUCAGUGCCUGGAAUACCCCGACAGAGGCUUCCGCCCAGACAUACCAUCCCAUGGAUAUCCCAGACCAGGACCUGACUCGCAUGGUUCCACAGACGGCAGGAUUCGUAGGCAACCCAGUCCCCAUGGUCCCAUCUACCGGAUAUAGCAACCCAAGCCAUCGUGCUGGUCACGCUAGGACAGACAGCUUAUAUUCUCAAGCUUGUCCACAAGAUGUUGCAGUAAGUCACAGCCAUAUUCCAUCGGAUACGCGAAUCCAGGAGAUCGCUGGACACCGCCGGAUCACCGUACCCGUGACCAUGAAUGGACCCAUCCCGGCAUUGCCCUUGGCGAACAUUGAGCUGGAUCUGCCAUAUGGAGCCCCCAUCCAACAGUAUAGGACACACAUGCCAGGUUAUCCUGGUGGAUCCAUGAUACCAUUUGCUGUACAACCCGAGGUUCCUGUUUUGGGAAGCAAUGUAUCCGAAUCUUCGGUCGGUAGUGUUGCUCCUUCCGGAUAUGGUGAUGUUCCUUGCAGUCCAGCAUCUUCUACGGCCACAACCAGGACGAGGACCGAGGAUAAUGAUGGCCGGGCUCGCACUGACCCUUUGUACUCAACCAAGCCUAGCAAGGACGGCAGCUACCACUGUCCCUUCCNNCUGGCCUUGGAGGGAUGCCAGCACAAGGCUACUAAGCUCAAGUGCAACUACGAGUGCUACAUUGAUUCACACAUCAAACCAUUCCGCUGCAAGCACCAAAACUGCAACAACAACCGCUUCUCCUCCACCGCUUGUCUCCUUCGCCACGAACGUGAGGCUCACGGACUCCACGGACAUGGAAACAAGCCAUUCCUCUGCCAAUUCAAGGACUGUGACCGAUCCGGCCCUGAUAAUGGAUUUCCUAGAGCGUACAACUUACUCGACCACAUGAAGCGUGUUCACGGUUACCGCCCGGAGAAGGUAGCCAAGACACCUCCAGCCUCCAGUACAGGAAGAGCAGCUGGUAAAUCCCAGGACAAGGUGAAGAAGAGGAAGACUGCUGGUGAAGCGAAGAAAGAGUCUGCAUCUCCGAGAAUGGUGCAGAAGCUUGCAGUCGAUUUGCGCAAGCAGCAGGUGUCCUCGCAGUGGCAGAAUCAGGUCAACGAGAUGCAGAGACGUUCUCGCCAAUUCGGA